CCGAGCGGAGCGUUUUGUGCGUGGCGCCACCUGCGGCUCAUCCAAGAUGGCGGGAGGCUGCCGGCUGCCGGGCGGAUGGAAGUCCUGAUGACGGUGCGGAGACUCGCCUCCAUCUGUACCAUGGGCGCCAAUGCCUCCGCUUUGGAGAAAGAGAUUGGUCCGGAGCAGUUUCCCAUGAAUGAGCAUUACUUUGGCUUGGUCAACUUUGGCAACACCUGCUACUGCAACUCGGUCCUCCAGGCGCUGUACUUCUGCCGCCCCUUUCGGGAGAAGGUCCUGGCCUACAAGGUUCAGCCCCGCAAGAAGGAGAGCCUCCUGACCUGCCUCUCGGACCUCUUCAACAGCAUCGCCACCCAGAAGAAGAAGGUGGGCGUCAUCCCUCCCAAGAAGUUUAUUUCCCGGCUGAGGAAGGAGAACGGUGAGUCAACCAUUGGGUGCUUCUUGCUACCUGCUUCAUUGUGGGCUUCUUCCAGGGCUUUCCAGCCAUGUCCAUCGAUCUGAAGGUCCACAGAGAGAGGAGAGUGU